AGAGAACAAGAGAAGUAACAAAGAAAGCUAAAAAGAAAGAGAUUGAAUUAGAAGAGAUCACGUGUUUUAAGAAGAAAGAGAGGAGAGAAGAGAAAAUAGAAAGACAAAUGGAGGAGAGAAGAGAAGAUAAAGAGACAAAUGGAGUAGAGAAGAGAAGAUAGAGAAGACAGGGAGGACAGAAGAGAAGAUAGAGAGACAAAUUGA